GACUCGGCGACCUAGGGCCCACCUGUCGGUGACCGAGUACGUGCUCGGUGCCGCAUUCAUGACUGCGACGGGAAAGCCAGUGCCGUGCGCGAGCGAUCCGAGCAAGAGCAACCGAGCGGGACGGUGGGAGACUGGGAGGUGCUCCAUCUCGCGCGCCUUCCAUCACAAGGAUCUCCACGCGUCGACCAUCCGAGGUGCUCGAGGAUCGGGGUCCACGUGAACCCACCGGCACCUUCUGCAGUUUCUGCUUCCUAGCCCUAGGUCGAAGUCUUCUUUGAUCAAUCGAGUCAAUCAGAGAAGUUGCAUUUUGUUGUCGUCUCAUCAGGCAGGCGAUCUGAUCGGCGACAUGUCUGAAUGUCGUAUCGGACUUUAUCGAUCAUCUCCACAGUGCCAUGCCUUCCUCUUCUCUAGUGCCUGAGCCCUGAAGUGACCAAUAUUGUCGGUGGUUUAACCAUGGGAGGAGGAAACGAAUUCUUGGUGGGGAUGACCGGCUCUGCUCCUGAUUCUGCCCGCCAGAAGCGGUGUCACGACACUGCCAACGGUGAGGUGCGGGACGGCGACACUGUGGUAAAGAACGGGAAGACGUCCGAUGCUGCCUCCGUAGAGAAGAGGGAGAAAAAGGAACAUCUGUUUAAAUGCAGUGCCUACCAUGGGAAGGAUACGGACAUGUGGAGUGGCGACCAGAGGAUAAACAAGAGCAGGGUGCCUGCCGCAUUAUGUGAGCAGGGAAGGGAAAUGGAUGAUGACCUGAACAAAACCAACAGCAAGGAGAGGAUGAUGGGUGUUGAACUGGACAAGGAAAAGACGAUUACAUCGGAUGACUGCAGUAAGGUUGAGGGUAAGAAAAAGUUCAACACCGCAUCCCCUGAGGAGGAGAGGAAGAAGAAACCUCACAAUGCCAGCACUGGGAAGAAUAUGCAAAGGGAUGAUGACAAGGAGGUGGUAAGGAUUAUGAGUAACUCUGAUACUAAGGUGAAGAUCAAGAAGGUGUCCACCCCAUUACCUAAGAAGGAGAAGAAUAAGGAAAAGCUAAACAAAACCUACCGAGAGAAGAAGAUGCAGGCUGCUGACAGCAAGAUGCGGAGUUGUUACAGUGGAGUGAAGAAGGGGAAGGUGCCCACAGCAUUUUGUGAUAAAGAAAAGAAAAGGAAAAUGCCUGACAAUACCAGUAGUGAGAAGGAGACUGCACCAAUCACACCUGCUGUUAAAGAGAAGAAAAUGAGGACGACUGAGAGCAUGGAGAUUAAGAUGAGACAUGACAGACAGAAUAGGAGAAAUGUGCCGCUUGAUGUAUCUAACUUGAAGAUGGGUACAUCAAGUGGCUCUAACUAUAAAAUAUGGAAGGAGAAAUUACCACACACAUUAUUGAAGGAAAAAAAGAGGAUGUGGCGCAAUGAUAGUGAUAAGAUUUAUGGUGGCAGGGUGAAGGAAUUGAAAAUAUUUAGCGGCGGCAAGGAAAAGAAUAAUCAGGCUCCCAUUGCAUUUUUAAAGUUCGUACGCAACAAUGCCGAGAAAUUUCUGGUGAUACCACGAAUUGUUGCACCCAGACUGGAGUAUUUGACUAAUCAACUUGUGUAUCUUAAAGAUUCAAAGGGAAAAUGUUUAAAGGUCCUGGUAUCGAAGGUGGUUGAUUCCCUUGCUUUUGAUCAGGGAUGGGAUGUUUUUGUCUCAAACCAUUUGAUUAAAUGGGGUGAAUUUCUGUUGUUUGAGUAUAUUGCUGAGCGUACAUUUUCUGUGCGGGUUUUUGGUACGGAUUCUUGUGAAAGACUCGACUUCAAUCCUGAGAGCACAAAUAAAGGUGAAACUAAGAAACAGGCAUGGAGUAAUAUGCCACCUGAUGAUUUGGUCGUCACAGAUGGUAUUUCAGAAAACAGUGGCUACUAUGUUUCUGGCGAAUGUCCUAGGACCAAAGUGCCUCAAACAUGUCAUGUAACUUGCAAUACAAAAAAAGACCCUAAACGAGUUGAACGUGUGGUUGGAUCUGGACCAGUGGCACAAGAUAUCAGUGGUAAUUUGAUUGGUCCACAGUGCAAAACAAAGGGUACUCCACUGUGCAGCAAAGGAAAAACAGUAAUUAUGAUUAUAGAUUCUGAAGAUUCUGAACCUUCCGCGCAUGAAAAAGAGGAUACAAUGAAGCUAGCCACAUCAGGACCAGAUUCAGAUAUAAGUCUUGUGGCUGUUAAUACCAAUGAGGACCCUAUAAGAGCUCAAAGUGGCAUUGGGAAUGGACCCUCAGCUGUACUAGCUGACGAGAAGGGGAAUUUCCCUGAAAUUGAGUGUGGAACCAAGUGCAUUUCAGCAACAUGCAGUGAAGUAAAAACAGUAUCUCAAAUUAUAAGUGCUACAGCUCUCUUAGAUUUACAUGAUUCAGAUGAAAAUUUAGGCAGAAAACAAAGAACAAAUGCCAUUCCUUUAGAUUCUAGGACAACCGCGGAAGAUUAUCAUAAUUAUAGCAAGAUGAUCAUUAUCCAAAACUUUAAUAGAAAAUAUGAAGCUCCUGGAGGUUUCCGAUGCUUGGAGAAGUGGAGGAAGGAUGUUGUGAACAAUCAAACAGCUCUUGAUUGCACUGCACCGAUUAAACAUGAAAACCCACAAAAAACUGACGGCAUGUUGGUUGAUGGUUACGGUUUGAUUGAACUGAACCCAGUAGAUGAGUACAUUUGUUCCGAGGGAAAUCAUGAAUGUGUCCAACCAGUAUUCACAAUGCCCAUCAAAGAACCAUCAAGUGCUGACAGAGUAAUCGAUUGCGGACGUGAUGGGACAGAGAUCAACUAUAGCAUCAAUGAGAAAGAUGGAGGGUCCAUUGAGAAAACCUCAAGUCCUGACGAAAUAUCUAAAUGCAAGAAUAGCAUGAUGGAGACUGCACAUAAUGUCAAUGGAAAAGGAACUACUGCUCAAUUUGAAACCAAAAUGGAUCAAGCGGAGCCAGCGAGGAGCGGUGUACGCAGCAAAAUUUGCAACAGUGUUGUACCUGCCAACGAGUCAGAACACCGUUCCACCAAACAGGAAGGCAGAAUGUCUAGUAACCGUGAGGUCCCAGAGUCUUUGUUGCCUACAAAGGACGAAAUUCCGGAGCCGGAUCAUCAUUCUCCACCAGAGAUCAACUUCCAACUGUGCAUUCCUGAUACUACUCAGAAAUGGCUUGACCUAUCCAAGUCGCUUUCCAAUGCAGUUAGACGACAGAGAAGGCAUGACUAUGAUGUCAUAAUGCUGAAGGACCCCAAGAAGAGACUAUGGCCUGUCGUUUACCACGACAGCCUGUUAUUUGUGGGAUUCACCGCGGGCUGGAAACAUUUCGUGGCAUCAAACGACCUUCGGGCUGGGGAUGUUUGCGAACUUGUUAAGGAGCCAGACGAUGGUGAGCCGGUGUACUCUGUCCGGAUGUCUGAUCACAAAAUUUAAAGCCGCCCCGGCUUUAUCUGUGCGCUUCUCUUCUGUUAGACCUCCAAGAAGCAUGGUGCAGCCGACUUGCGGACCUUGUGAAAAGCAUGUGGGUCUGCCCCCCCUUUUUUUUGCUGGAAGUCAUGGAGAAACCAUGUGGGUCAGGCGUUUCUGCGUGGAUUUUUGACGAUCCACAGCCUAUAAAAACAUAGAGCGACACAGCUGUAGUAGUACUGUAGAAGUCGGGCAGUGUGGGACUGCAACAUGAAUUGUGAUGUGUUGUGUGGUUGGGACUUGGAAGUGGUGGUGUAACCAUGUGCUGUGAUGUUGCAGCCAUGUGCGCGCGGUGGUCAUGGUCGAUUUUGCUCUCUGCCGUUUGAACAUUCCGACCAUGCCUGAACUGGAUAAAGAUUUCAGUAUAUAAUAGUGUACUGUUACUACUUA